CCAGGCCGGGCCGGACCCGGACCUAAAUGCCUCUGCUUCUCUACGCGCUGUUGGUCUUGCUGCUGGUUGCGCUUAGCGCACUCUUCCUAGCGGAAAUUGACAAUUUGUGGAUAUCCAGCAAACUCCUCAGCCAUGAUCUGCCGCACUAUGUGGCACUGUGCUUUGGAGAAGUACGCAUCAGAACAGACCUGCAGAGGGUGUCCAGCCUGUCUGCCCCAUUCUCCCAGAACACUGGGGUGGACCAAAAGGAGCUCUCCUUUAGCCCAUCCUUGUUGAAGAUCUUGUGCCAACUAUUCUCCAUUCAUGUAGAUGCUAUAAACAUCAUGGUUCUCAAGGUGGCUACUUCCGAGUCCUUAUGGCACAUUCAGAUCAGUAGAAGCAGAUUUCUUUUGGAUAGUGAUGGAACAAGGCUAAUCUGUGAGUUAAGUCUAUCGAAGAUCAACAGUAAAAUUCUGAAGAGUGGUCAGCUGGAGGAUACAUGCCUAGUAGAGAUCUCACUAGCUCUGGACCUGUGUCUAAAAGUGGGCAUUAGCAGUUGGCAUCUGAAGGCUAUCACUGUGGAUGUGUGGACACUCCAUGCUGAGCUACAUGAAGGUCUCUUUCAUAGUCAACUACUGUGUCAGGCCCCAGGCUGGGUGUCCAAACCUGUUCUUUGUUCAGAGGUGACAGAAAACUUAGCUGAGCCAACUCUGCCUGGUCUAUACCUCCUCCAGCAGCUGCCAGACCAGGUCAAGGUUAAGAUGGAGAACACAAGUGUGGUGUUGUCUAUGAAUAGUCAAAAGAGGCACUUGACUUGGACACUGAAGCUGCUACAUUUCCUGUACCACCGUGAUGAGGAUCAACUGCCCCUUCAAAGCUUCACAGCAAACUCUGAUAUGGCACAGCUGAGCACUGAACUCCUGUUGGAAGAUGGGUUGCUACUGUCCCAGAGUCGCCAACAUAUUGUCUGCCUCAACUCCCUCAAAGCUAAUGUGCAGGUGACCACCAUUGACCUCUCGGCUUUCCUCAUUCUGAACACUUGUAUCAUUCAUUACCGGCACCAGGAAUUCUCUCACUGGCUGCACAUGCUGGCACUGGAGACCCAAGGAUCUAGUUUACCUGUUCUUAAACAAAGGGAAAAAAGAACAUUCCCUCAAAUCCUGGCUCCCAUCAUAUUUAGCACCUCUGUCUCCAAUGUCAAUAUUUCCAUUCAGCUUGGAGAUACACCACCUUUUGCCUUGGGAUUCAAUUCCAUCGCCCUGGAUUAUCAGCACCUCAGACCACAAAGCAUCCAUCAGCGCAGUGUUCUAACAGUAGAUCACCUCUGCUGGCGUGUGGGCAGUGACUCCCACAUUCAGCGGGCACCACAUCCACCUAAUAUGCAUGUUUGGGGUGAGGCGCUUGUUCUGGACUCCUUUACACUCCAGGGUAGUUAUAACCAGCCUCUGGGCCUGUCCAACACGCAGUCAGACACCCUUUUUCUUGAUUGUACAAUACGAGGACUUCAGGUAGAAGCAUUUGACAUCUGUGCUCAGUGUCUGUCUCGUAUUAUAUCCUGGAUGAGCCCUCAGUCUGGGAAGUUCACUCUCUCGAAGAGGUCUUCACUUGGAGAAUCCGUGACAUUACUGUGGAAGGUGGACUUGAAGGUGGAAGACAUGAACUUGUUCACUCUUUCUUCGCUGGUUGGUGCUUCAGAGGUACAACUGGAUACAUUGACUGUCUUGGGCGGUGUGGAGUCUUCCACUGUGGGAAUUGAAGGGCUUGUGCUUGCGCUAGUGAAGUCCGUCACGGAGAAGAUGCAGCCCUGUUGCAAGGCUCCUGAUAUUCCCACGCCAGUGCUUGGCCUCUCUAUGCUCUCCCUCACCUAUCACAGCAGCAUCCGUUCUCUAGAGAUUCAAUGUGGUGCAGGGCUGACUUUGCUCUGGAGCCCUCCAGAUCACAUGUACUUGUACCAGCAUGUCCUGGCCAUCCAACAAUGUCGAGAACUAUUACAAGCCACUGUGUUUCCCGAGGUUGUUCCAUCCUGUGCACCAGAGACUCCAGGAACCACUUCUGAGACAGAAGAUCAUCUCCACGAGCCAUCCCCGCCUAAGAGGCUACUCAACCUGACACUGGAGGUUAGCACAGCCAAACUGACAGCAUUCGUAGCUGAGGACAAGUUCAUUACCCUGGCUGCAGAGAGUGUGUCACUGAACCGGCAUGGAGGUUCGCUGCAGGCUUACUGUCCAGAGCUUGCUGCUGGCUUUGAUGGUAAUAGCAUCUUCAACUUCAAGGAGGUAGAGGUGCAGCUGCUACCUGAGCUGGAGGAGAUGAUUCUCCACCGGACCCCCUUCCCUGCACUGCAGACCCUCCGGAAUCGUGUUUGGCUUCUGUCCUUAGGAUCUGUCUCAGUGGAGUUUCCUUAUCAGUAUGAUUUCUCUCGAACUUUGGAUGAAGCUGUGGGAGUUCAGAAGUGGUUAAAGGGGCUGCAUCGAGGGACUCCUACUUGGGCUUCUGCAAGCCCUGCCCCACUCCCACCUGAUCUGCUCUUGAAGGUUCAGCACUUCUCAUGGGUUUUCCUGGAUGACAUUUUUGAGGUGAAACUUCAUGAUAACUAUGAAUUGAUGAAAGACGAAAGUAAGGAGAGUGCCAAAAGGUUGCAGCUGCUGGAUGCCAAGGUGGCUGCCCUUCGGAAGCAGCAUGGUGAGUUAUUACCAGCUCGAAAAAUUGAGGAGCUCUAUGCCUCUUUGGAACACAAAAACAUUGAAAUCUACAUUCAGCGCUCCCGUCGUCUCUAUGGCAACACACCCAUGCGCCGGGCACUGCUCACUUGGAGCCUGGCAGGGCUAGAGUUGGUGGCUCUGGCAGACGCCUCCUUCCAUGGACCUGAACAAGUGAUAGAACAGGUUCGAGAGCUUGAUCCUGGCAGCCCUUUUCCUGCUGAAGGAGUAGAUCUAGUCAUUCACUGGUGUCGAAUGCUCAAGUGCAGUGUCAAGACCUUUCUGGUUCGGAUUAGAGACUACCCACGGUACCUGUUUGAGAUCCGUGACUGGCGACUGAUGGGUCGAUUGGCUGGCACUGAACAGAGUGGUCAGCCUUGCUCCCGUCGACGUCAAAUCCUGCAGUUGGGGCUUCCAUGGGGUAAUGUGGCAGUAGAAAGGAACAUGCCCCCGCUCAAAUUCUACUAUGACUUCCACUCGGAAAUCUUCCAGUAUACAGUGGUAUGGGGCCCAUGCUGGGAUCCUGCCUGGACACUGAUUGGGCAAUGUGUAGACCUCUUGACCAAGCCCUCAGCUGACCCCAGCCCACCCUUGCCUUGGUGGGACAAGAGCCGUCCUUUUUUCCAUGGGGACUGGCACAUGGACAUUGAACAAGCGAACCUGCACCAGAUGGCCACUGAGGAUCCAUAUAAUACAACUGAAAAUAUGCACUGGGAAUGGAGUCACCUUUCUUUCCAUUGGAAACCUGGUCAGUUUGUGUUCAAAGGUGACUUGGAUAUCAACGUGAGAACAGCCUCUAAGUAUGAUGACUGCUGCUUCCUUCACCUGCCUGACCUCUGUAUGACACUGGACCUGCAGUGGCUGUGCCAUGGGAACCCCCACGAUCACAGUGUCACCCUGAGGGCCCCAGAGUUCCUGCCUGAGGUGCCCUUGGGCCAGCUUCAUGACUCCUACCGGGCCUUCCGCUCUGAGAACCUCAAUCUCUCCAUCAAGAUGGAUCUGACUCAACACAGUGGGACAAUAUCCCAGCCCCGAAUCCUGCUAUAUAGUAGUACUCUGCGCUGGAUGCAAAACUUUUGGGCAACUUGGACAAGUGUCACAAGACCUAUCUGUAGAGGAAAGCUCUUUAAUAACCUGAAACCCAGCAAGAAGAAACUUGGCCAGCACUACAAGCAGCUUUCCUAUACUGCACUCUUUCCCCAGUUACAGCUACAUUACUGGGCUUCAUUUGCCCAGCAAUGGGGCAUCCAGAUUGAGUGUAAUCAGGGCCAUGUCUUCACUCGGGGGACUCAGCGGCUUAUACCUCAAGGACUCUCUACUCGAGAUGGGGAUCCUGCCUUUCAUACACACCAGCUGUACUUGGUAGAUUUACGGAUUUCCUGGACAACCACCAACCGGGACAUUGCUUUUGGCUUAUAUGAUGGCUACAAAAAGGCAGCUGUGCUCAAACGUAAUCUCUCUACUGAGGCCCUGAAGGGUUUAAAGAUUGAUCCCCAGAUGCCAGCCAAAAAGCCAAAGCGGGGUGCCUUACCUAGUGCUCAAGUCCCACCUCAUGUCAGCACUCCUUGCUUCAGUGGACAGCCUGAUAAGGCAUCAUCGGGAGGUGCUUCCAUGUUGCAGAAGCUGAUUGAAGAAACAGAUAGGUUUGUGGUAUUUACAGAAGAGGAGUCAGGUAUGAGUGACCAGUUGUGUGGUAUUGCUGCCUGCCAGACGGAUGACAUAUAUAACCGAAACUGCCUUAUUGAGCUGGUCGACUGCCAGAUGGUUCUACGUGGAGCAGAGACAGAAGGCUGUGUCAUUGUGUCAGCUGCCAAAGCACAGCUCCUCCAGUGCCAACACCACCCAGCUUGGUAUGGUGAUACAUUGAAACAAAAGACAUCUUGGACUUGCCUACUGGAUGGCAUGCUGUACUUUGCCACCACUGAAAGCAGCCCUACCAAACAGGAUGGGCGACAGCUGUGGCUAGAGGUGAAGAACAUUGAGGAACACCGGGAGCGUAAUCUGGAUUCUGUGCAGGAGCUGAUGGAGAGUGGACAGGCAGUGGGAGGCAUGGUUACCACAACCACAGAUUGGAACCAGCCAGCUGAAGCCCAGCAAGCACAGCAAGUCCAGAGGAUCAUUUCACAUUGUAAUUGUCGAAUGUACUAUAUUAGUUACAGCCAUGACAUUGAUCCUGAGCUGGCAGCUCAGAUUAAGCCACCUGAGAUUCAUGAGAACCAGGAGAAGGAAGAUCUCCUAAAGAAGCAGGAAGGGGCUGUGGAUACCUUCACUCUCAUCCACCAUGAGUUAGAAAUUUCCACCAACCCGGCUCAAUAUGCUAUGAUCCUGGACAUUGUCAACAACUUGCUGCUCCAUGUAGAACCCAAGCGAAAGGAGCACAGUGAAAAGAAGCAGCAGGUCAGGUUCCAGCUUGAGAUCUCUAGCAAUCCUGAGGAGCAGCGCAGCAGCAUCUUGCAUUUGCAGGAAGCUGUGCGGCAGCACGUGGCACAAAUACGACACCUAGAGAAGCAGAUGUAUUCUAUCAUGAAGUCUUUGCAAGAUGACAGCAAGAAUGAAAACUUGCUUGACCUGAACCAAAAACUUCAGUUGCAGCUGAACCAGGAGAAGGCCAACCUACAGCUGGAAAGUGAAGAGCUGAACAUCCUCAUCAGGUGUUUUAAGGAUUUCCAACUACAGCGAGCCAACAAGAUGGAGCUGCGAAAACAACAAGAAGAUGUCAGUGUGGUGCGCCGCACUGAGUUUUACUUUGCUCAGGCGCGGUGGCGUCUGACAGAGGAAGAUGGACAGCUGGGAAUUGCUGAACUGGAGCUGCAGAGGUUCCUUUACAGCAAGGUGAAUAAGUCUGAUGACACAGCAGAACAUCUUCUGGAGUUAGGCUGGUUCACUAUGAACAACCUUCUCCCCAAUACUGUCUACAAGGUAGUCCUACGGCCCCAGAGUUCCUGCCAGUCUGGGCGACAACUAGCUCUCCAUCUUUUCAGCAAAGUCCGGCCCCCUGUUGGGGGUAUUUCUGUCAAAGAACACUUUGAGGUGAAUGUUGUGCCUCUCACCAUCCAGUUGACACACCAGUUCUUCCACAGAAUGAUGGGCUUUUUCUUUCCUGGACGAAAUGUGGAAGAUGAUGAAGUUGGUGAUGAAGAGGAUAAGUCCAAACUGGUGACUACUGGAAUACCAGUGGUGAAGCCUUGGCAGCUGAUAGCCACAGAUGAUGCUGUACCACUGGGCUCAGGAAAGGGAGUGGCACAGGGCUUGACCCGCAGUUCUGGGGUCAGAAGGUCAUUUUGUAAAUCACCUGAGCACCCUGUGGAUGAUAUUGACAAGAUGAAAGAGCGAGCUGCCAUGAACAACUCCUUCAUCUACAUAAAGAUUCCACAGGUUCCAUUGUGUGUCAGCUAUAAGGGUGAGAAGAACAGUGUGGACUGGGGUGACCUUAACUUGGUGCUACCCUGUCUGGAAUACCACAACAACACAUGGACAUGGCUAGACUUUGCCAUGGCUGUCAAAAGGGACAGCCGAAAAGCUCUGGUUGCCCAGGUAAUCAAAGAAAAGCUAAGGCUGAAACCUGCAAUGGGGUCUGAGGUCCGGGGAAAGCUAGAAACUAAACCAGACCUGAAUAUGCAACAGCAGGAAGAGGAGGAGAAAGCUCGGCUCCUCAUCGGUUUAAGUGUGGGUGACAAGAAUCCUGGCAAGAAGUCCAUCUUUGGCAGGCACAAGGGACUCGUCAAUCGGAGUGACUGCAGUACAGGAUCUGACUCUCAGGCUCCAGGGACUUGAGGGUGGGAGGAGCUUCCCUUUUGUGAGGGGUUGGAGCUCAUAGGGAACUGAGACAGUGUUCUUUGGCAGCUGUCCUAUUCCCUGCAGAGCAUGGUGGACAGUAAUGCUGAGUUCCAUCUCAGGCUGAUCCAGCCCUGGGCCAGAGAGGAAGGAGAACCAGAAGACCCAGAGUUUGGGCCAAAGCCUAGGAUCCUAUUUCCUUGGGGUCAGCUGAAAGGGUGAGGGGAUAGUAAUGAUCAAGUGUGAUGAAUUUUUAUAAAGACAUAUAUAUAUAUAUA